AUGGUAUCUGUGACUUCACCCAGGGGCAUAGCCAUCCAGCAGGCUCAAAGUAGUACCAUACGCGACAGAAUUGAGCGCAUAACUGAGGAUCUCAAGGAUAUCAAGGAUUUCUAUCCCAUCAGUAUCUCGCCCAGGAGGACACGGGAGUUGAGCCGAUAUCUCACGUCUGAGCUCGAAUCUUUGCGCAAUCUUCCAUUUGACCACUAUGACCAAGAUGGGAAGGUUGAUUGCCUUCUUGUGAAGAAUUACUUGGAAAGGCAGAUCCGACAGCUCGAUCUCGAUCUCAAGCAAGACAAAAAGGCCGCACCACUAUUGCCCUUUUCUGCCACUUUGAUUGAUUUAUGCGAGGCUCGUGCUUUGGUCCUAUCAUUAGAUCCAAAAGAGGCCGCUCAGAAGCUCUUUCAAUCACAGGUUCAAAUGGCGGCUUUACUUGAAAAGAUCAAGAAAAGCUCGAGUAGGUUCCAGAUUGAGAAGACGACUGCCUUCAGAGCAGUUAGAACGACUGAUGCGCUUCGAAGACACCUGAAAGAAUGGUUCAAUUUCUACAAAGGAUACGACCCCAUGUUUGAUUGGUGGGUGAAAAGUCCUUACGUGACUGUGGACAAGAGCUUGGAAGAUAUCUCACUUAGUAUUCAAGAGGAACUGGUUGGCAUUAAGCCAGAAAAUGACAAUGCCAUAGUGGGCGAUCCUAUUGGGCGUGAGGGAUUGGUCAGUGAACUGAUGGCUGAGGUGAUUGCCUACACACCAGAAGAGAUCAUCUCGAUCGGACAAAAAGAAUUCAAAUGGUGUGUGGAUGAGCUAAAAAAGGCAUCGCACGCCAUGGGAUAUGGUGGCAACUGGAAAGAAGCUCUAGAAGAAGUCAAGCAUGACUUCGUGGAACCAGGAAAACAGACAGAUCUAGUCCGAGAUCUCACGCGCGAAGCAAUCUCCUUUGUCGACGAGCACAAGCUCGUCACCGUACCGCCAAUCGCAAAAGAGACGUGGCAGAUGUUCAUGAUGUCGCCCGAGCGCCAAAAGUCUUCCAUGAGAUGA